CAGGGUGCGGGUAGGCCGUUUAUAAAUGGCCAUCUGACCCUGCAUUGUGCGCGCUCCCUGGGAGCGUGCAGCACCGCGAUCUGGUGCCCGCUGUAUCCUCCGGACACAGCGAAAACACAGAUCGUUGGACGGGACCUCUGUACGAUGUCCCGAUCAUGUGAUCACUGAUUGACCAAUCAGUGAUCACAUGCAAAGUAGUAAGCAAGAUAUCACUUGUGACAUCAUUGCUUACUACAUGUGAAAUCUGUGAAUGAUCACAGAGGUCACAUGGUACAAGGCUAU